AUUUAUUGCAGUAUUGUAGAACAUGAAAUGUAAACUAUAAAUAAUAGAAGUGCGUUGCAUUAAUUAUUUUUAAUAUAGUUUCUAGGCGAGUACACACAUACAAUUACGAUCGUUUCAAAUUUUAAAACCUUCAGGAAUCUGUGGGUGCGUAUUAGUAGUUUGUUUUACAUCAUGUGUAUUUAUGUAUUUUCCUCCUCCAGGGGUAGAUGCAGUAUGCUUUUAUUUUUUGGCAAAUGUCGAGACCCACUGUAGUAGUUUGCCAAAUAAUGAAACUGAAUUAAUUAAUAAUGAAAUGGAAAAUGAAUCGGUAAAAUGUAAGUGUGUAGCAUCACCUAUUGAGCCAUUUAUAAAUGUUGCAUGUUUUAUGUUUUAAAGAUAGUUGCAAAGGAAUGUGUGAAAUGUGUUUGGCAUAGAAACACAUUUAGGAUCAGGUGCUAUACUGUACAUUAUUUUGGUUGCUUUAAAACCCUUUACUGCAAUUUUUUGGCAAGGCAUUAGCCAUACACUGCAGUUGUUUUGCUGUUUAACAGGAACUUUGUUCACUUUAACUGAACCACUAUAUGAGAAAUGUUUUAUUAAUUUAGAAAUGCUUAUAUUUUUAAAAAUAUAUUAUAUCUUUCUUAUAUCCUCUAUUGUAGCUUUUUGGUUAGGUAUUUAAAUGUUACCAAAAAAAGUAUUAAAAUAAAGGGUUACAGGAGCGCUGAAGCAUAAUUAACACUGAAAACAAUAUCAGCUGCUCAAUCUGUCAGUUGCAAAUGUGGACUGUUUAUGGUUACUGCAGGGAAAACUGAGAGGGUUUUUGCUGCAGUAGCAGCAGGGCAACAGUCAAGAGUCUCAAUUUUCACAAAUUUCUUUUUCUAAACUUUUCUACUAACCAACAUGUUCAGAAAGAAGAUAGGUUUUUAAUAGAUGUUAGAAAUACCUAAUUUCAAACAGGAAAAAAAAAAAGUUCUCCAAAGAAGGGGCUGGUGGCGAGAGUGUGGAGGAGUAGCAUAUGGCAUUAAAAGGAGCACAGCUGGAGGUAGCAUUUCCAUCUGAACAUGAUGUCAGAGCAGCUGACAGCCUGCCACCCCCCAGCCUUUUAUUCUAACACACAGACAGGGAGUUAGUGUGUGCAGAUCUGUGUGAGGAGAAGGUAUCUCAUUCCCUUCCAACAUCAUCGCCACUUUGCAACUGUCUCUCUUGGUCUGAUUUUCUCACCAAUUCAGCAAGGUUAACAGGACAGGACUUAAUCAAGUUUAUGCAUACAGCAGGUUAUGAAGACAGCAUGGAGUUCCCAGACCACAGCAGACAUUUGCUACAGUGUCUGAGUGAGCAGAGACAUCAGGGUUUUCUUUGUGAUUCCAUUGUACUGGUCGGCGAUGCCCAGUUCCGAGCCCACCGUGCUGUGCUGGCUUCGUGCAGCAUGUACUUCCACCUCUUUUACAAGGACCAGCCGGACAAAAGGGACAUUGUUCAUCUCAACAGUGACAUUGUUACAGCCCCGGCUUUCGCUCUCCUGCUUGAAUUCAUGUACGAGGGGAAGAUCCAGUUCAAAGCCCUCCCCAUUGAGGACGUGCUGGCUGCCGCCAGUUACCUCCACAUGUAUGAUAUAGUCAAGGUCUGCAAGAAGAAACUGAAAGAGAAAGCCACGACCGAUGCAGACAGCACCAAGAGGGAAGAAGACGCCUCCAGCUGCUCUGACAAAGUGGAGAGCUACUCAGAGGGCAGCAGCGUGAACCCAGCGGGUGAGCUCCUACCCAGCGAUGCAGAGGAUGAUGACUCUGAAAGCAACAAGAGAGACUUUCUCCCUGAGCAUGGGAACAUGUGGAUGAGGUUGCCCUCUGACUCUGCGGGUACCCCUCACACUGGUGGCAGCAGCAGCAGGGAGGCAGAGACAAACACAGCAGCAGCUGGAAAAACUGAAACGGCCGCCAGUCCCUGCAGCUCGACUGGGUCUUUGUCUCAAAGGUCUGUCACCUCCAGGAGGGUGUCGGCAGAUGCAGACUGUGUGCUGGACUUGUCCAUCAAAUCAAUCCUGGCAGGGGGUGGUGGGGAGAGCCUCUCUGGAAACAGCCCUUACUUGUGUAGCCCAGUGGCAGUUGCCCCAGACAGUUUGCAGAACAGUCUGGUGCAGGUAAAGGUGGAAAAAGAAGGGGCUUCUGACGAGGAGGACUUGGGCAAUGGUGAUUACGAGAUGGAACACAGUGGUGGGGCAGCCACCAAGAAGGCACUCCUAAGCACCAAUGGCGGGGGCCACCACCACCACCAUAGCCGACUCCAUUACGAGACCACCGCAUCUCACCUUUCUGCCAUCCGUGAGGCCUCCCUGUCCAGUGAGCUGGACCGCGAGGACAAGGCAAGCGAGGACGACGAAAUGCUAAGCCCGGAAAGUGAGCGGGCCCAAACAGAGGCCACCAGCAUAGACAGCGGCCUGCUGCCCUACAUCUCCAACAUGCUGAGCACAUCCCACAGUCAGAUCUUUAUGUGCCCCCUGUGCAACAAGGUCUUCCCCAGCCCACACAUUCUGCAGAUCCACCUCAGCACACACUUCCGCGAGCAGGAAGGUGUGCGCACCAAGCCGGCCAGCGAUGUCAACGUGCCGACCUGCUCCAUUUGUGGCAAGACUUUCUCAUGCAUGUACACCCUCAAGCGACACGAACGGACCCACUCGGGUGAAAAGCCCUAUACCUGUGCCCAGUGUGGUAAAAGCUUCCAGUACUCUCACAACCUGAGCCGGCACGCAGUGGUGCACACCCGUGAAAAGCCACAUGCCUGCAAGUGGUGCGAGCGCAGGUUCACGCAGUCGGGAGACCUGUACCGACAUAUCCGCAAGUUUCACUGCGAGCUGGUGAACUCACUUUCAGUUAAAAGUGAAGCACUGAACUUGCCCGCUGUAAGGGACUGGGCUAUAGAGGAUAGCUCUCAAGAACUCUGGAAAUAAAUGAUAAGAAUAAUUUAAUAACAUAAAUUAUAAAUAAAUUGGGCAGAGGUAUGUUUGGGGGGUGGGUGGGAGGGAGCAUGAUCAUGAAUCAGUGAUGUUUCUUGUACUUCAGUUGCAUUUCAACCUUUUACUGCUACACUGCACUUUAGUAGCAAAUUAAAAUGUUACUACUUGAGCUAAAAAAAAAAAAAAUCCUGAUUGAAAGGAAGCAUAUUCAUUUUUUUAUUUACAUUUCUUUUUUGAAAAUUUAACCCCCACCUUGUAUACAUUUGUUAUGAAAUGUAGACAUUUUUAUGUAACAGAAGCCAGGAGUUUGGCAUCAAUAUGAUCGCAAUCACAUGCCUAUCACUUUUUGUGUGUUAGACAUGUAGCCCCCUACAUGUACAUGGUAUGAAAUAUUGAACAAGAAAAAUUACACUAAAUGGGUACUGUCCACCAUUUUUUAUAGUGCACUACUGUAGUUUAAAAUGAAAUAAUACAAUAUUUAUCAUGCAAAGCCCUUGCGGGAAGUAUGGGGUGGGGUGGACUGGGGGGGGGGGGGGGUAUACAUUUACCUACAUUGUUUUCUUGUGCUACUGCGAAACAUGACUGAUGAUGGACAAAAGGUAACCCAUUUAAUGUAUGGUAUCCCUUUUCAAAUGAGCUGUAGGUUUCUCACAAAUGGGAAGCUUAGCACAGAUUUUUAAAGUAUAUCAUCAAUCCAUAACUAAGUAAACUUCAGUCCCCUGUGUAGAUUUCUACAUUUGCUAAGAGUUUUCUAUUUAAGAAUGGAUACCAUAGUCCUACUGUACUCCAAACCCUGUAUAUUAAAAUGUGAAUUGCUGUUCUUGUCUACUGUAAGUGAUCAAAUACUUGACAGGUUGCGCUAUUGCUUUUAGUUCAGCCUGUUCAAAAUUUAAAUAUUACAACUACAGAAAAUGCAUGAGUUUGAAUAUUUAUUUUUGUUUAUAUACUUUUGUGUUUUUUUGUUUUGUUUUGUUUAAAUUAACUGCAUUAUUUAAUUCCUAAAUAAAUAUUAGUUUUUUUUUAAUUUUAUUUCUUAUUAAUAAAAUUAGAAGCGCCAUUGAAAUGUUCAUUGGGACUAUGAAGAACAUUAAGAAUGCACUGAUCCUUUUCUUUUUUUUUUUAAAUAAAGUAUAUAAUUGUAGGCCUCUGUCAGAUGAAAAACAAGUGGAGAUUACGUUAACAUUAACAUAUUAGCCUUCUGAAGGUGUUUUCAACUCUAAUUAUAUGCAGGGGUCCCUGACUGACCCAGACGCAUUUCUAUUUCAGUACUGUUGUGUUGGAUGAGAAUUGCUGUCUGUGUAUCUGUCAGAAGAAUGGGUGGAAAGUUGGCUUUUUGGUUUCUCAGCUUUGUCAGAAACAACCAUGAGUGACCAUUGAAUUGAUAGCCGAUGCAUCAUGUUUUUUUUUUAUUAAUAUUUUUGUUUGGCACUUGCAACAUACUUUCAAAAGUUGUUUUUAGUUUUGGAAAAUUUUGGUCGCAAGCUGGUUGCUGUACCCUGUGGAUAAGUAGGGACCGUAAUUUCUAGCGCAUUAUUCAACUAAACUAGUUGCGUGCCAAAUUGCAUAGAAAAUACUUUCAUUGAUUGGUUUAAAUUAUGAAUCACUUGGUUGUAGCCCAGAUCACUGUCAGGAGAACACACAGCUCUGGAUACUAUUGUAAACAUGCUGUAUAUUAUAUCCAGCGAUGUAUAAUUUAAAAAUACUACUGCACAACUAGAGACAAAACAAGGCUGUUUUUCCUGAAAGAACAUGAUUAAGUUGGAUAGCUUUUUGCUUAAACUGAAUGGACUGGUCAGCCCUGGUUGAUGUGGGGUCUGAUACACUAGGUGUAUCCUAGCAGCAGAAGCUGCAGCAGCCUGACGUGUGGCUCUUGCAAGCAACACAGGGCAAAAGUGUUUUGCACAGUGUUUGUUUUCUCUCUCUUGCACUCACAAAUAAGGUAUAUGAGAGUAGCACGGAAAUCUUGGCCGUGUUUCAUUUCUUUUUAUGUUAAAAUGUACUUGACCGCCUUAAACUACUGUAAAAAUAGCUUAUUUUUGUGCAGAAGGUAAUUAUUGGAAAACUAAAAUAGUGUAUUAAUGGACUGUUUCAAUUUGUAUAAUAUAUAAAAAAAUAAAAAAAUAACUGUGAAAAAUGGCCUCUAAGCAUCUCCAGUCAUUAGUUACUUGAAGAGUUUAAAUAAACAUGUUCAAAUCUGCUAGGGAGGAAGGAAGAAAUCUGUGGAUAAGGACAAUCCUGUCUUUAAGAAAUAAACAGAUUUUUUAAAACUUUUUUUUUUUUAAUUGUUUUUUUUAUUGGUAUUCCCUGUAAGAGUGAGUUUCUGUUUGACAUUGUUCAUUUGUUUUCUGGAUUUAGACUGACGUUUAGCUUUGACAAUCAUAGUAUGUUUUAUUUUCAUGAGGGGAGUAAAUUAUAAUGCUGUUUAGUUUUGUACUUUUUUUGGUGUGCUGUUGGUGACAUUUUUUAAUCGUGUGCUGACUGCAAUAAAUUAUAUGCCCCUGAGAAA